GACGAAAUUAUAUGGAAGUGUCAUCGUACCCUGCGUAGCACGGAGAUCAAAUUACAUUGAGCGCGCUUGACAACUGCUAGUGGUGCUUUUCUAUUGCGUGUUGAAUUAAAACCGCCAAAAAGCAACAUAAAGUCCGCGUCGCAUUUUGAAGAAAAAAAGACAAGAAAAAUAAAUUAUAUGUUAAUUAAUAAGAGUGUGCAAAUGUUUGUUGAGUUGUGAAUUCCGGUUUGAUGGAAUAACAAGGCGAGUGCAUUCUAGACUGGAAGUCUUAGAUAUCGGCAACGAAAUUUGUAUGUUGAUACACUGUAGAUUGAACUAAGUAGCAAUUGGCGAAUAUUGGAAUCUUUUGGAAGUAUUUAAAUGGAUUCGCACGACAAAGUCAUGUGUGUUGCUGGUUCAUAAUUCGCCUGACUAAAGAUAUGGCUAAAGUCAACUUGAUUUCCUGGUUGGUUCUAAUGGCGUUCGUAUUAUUAUACAGUGAUACUCAUGGACAGAAAUCGGUGAAUCACGAUCUAGAAUUAUUACUGGGAUAUCGUUCCCAUAUUGACAACCUGCUAAAGGACAAACCGUGUAGCGAAGAUUAUAAUCUACUCGGCCACGGUAAGAUAUUUCAAGACUAUUCAUUUUGGGACAAUGAAAUCAGAACUGCCAACAAUGUUGCAAAUUAUCUUACAUCGAUGUGGCGUUACAAGAACGAGAAUAGUCGUUCCUUGGUCGAGAACGACGCGGCUAUAUACACUUUAGCAAAGACUAUAGCAUUGUCGUCUGAUCAAAUCUACGGUUCGGUUAUAUGCUUCGAUGAAAAUAAAUUCCAAGGAAGACGGCAAUUUUGUCCAUACGCUUAUAAGAAUGAAACAAAUGAGACAAUAGUUCGUGAUUUGGGAAGAUUUAACGAGUAUCUCGCGACCCCCACUCCGACGACAAUAAUGAAUCGAACAUUUGUCAGACACACUUUCAUCUGGUGGCAUGUUGGCAAAACGUACAUUUUAAACGCCACGCAACUCAAACAGAAAACUGUAAAAUACGAUACAAACUUAGAUAACCCAACCGCUAAUAGCCCAAACGUAUCCGCAAAUGAGAGCUACUAUUAUAUCACAUCGAAAUAUAUUCCCAUAAACUAUGGAAAAUGGACUACACCGUAUUAUGAUUGUUUUGGUGGCAAGACAUGGAUGAUUACCUAUCUUGCACCAUUUUACGACGAAGUUAACAAUUUUUUGUAAGUAUCUUUGUGGGCAAAUAGUGGGUUCUUAGUUUGGGUAGAAUUUGCCGAACCAGGAUGAGUUGUUGCAAUUAGGAACACAUUACGAAUGGG